CUCUCCGGCGGAGCUGCGUGAGGCCAGGCAGGCCCCCGGCCCCCCCUUCCGGCCGCCCCCGCCUCCUGGCCCACGCCCGCCCGCGCUCGGCCCGCCAGCGCCUCCACCCGGCUGGCGGCCCCGCGUCGACGCCGUCCGUCGCUACGCUGCUGACUCCCAUCUCGGGCGCCGUCGGCGGGGCCGCGCUCCGCCGGCCUGCGGAUCCCCCGCCGCCUCCUCCUCAUCUACCUCAACGCCCGUCCCGCUUCGCCCGAGGAGGCGGUCCCCCCCGCAGGCAGUCCGGCUCGCAGGCCGCCGGCGUUGUCAUCCCCCGCGCUCCCCCCCAGCCCUCCCCGGCGCGCAGCCUGGCCGCUCCCCCUCCUCGCUGCGUCCCGAGCGGCCCCGGCGCCGCCGCCACCGCCCCCCCACCCCCGAGGCCCGGGCUCGCGACGGCCGAGGGCUCCGUCGGCCCAAACCGAGCUGGGCGCCCGCGGCCCGGGUGACGCCUCCGCUCCGCCCCCCUCAGCACCUUCCCCGGCCCCCGACGUUGCGCCCUCUCCCUCGCUUCUCUGCGCUCCCCAGCCCCUCUCCGGCCUCUGGUCCCGGCCCUCUCUUCUUCCGCAGCCUUCCCUGUGCUCCCUCCCGCCCCCCCAGCUCCUUGCCUCCAACUCCCUCCCCUUCCACGCCCGCCCUCUCGCCUUCGCCGUCCCAAAGUGGAUUAAUUAUACGCUUUCUGUUUCUCUCUCCGCUCUCCUCUCCCGCUGUGAGCCUGCCCGCCUCUCGCUGUCCUCUCUCUCUCUCUCUCGCCCUCUCUUCGGCCCCCCCCGUUUCACGUUCACUCUGUGUCUCUCACUAUCUCUGCCCCCCUCUAUCCUUGAUACAACAGCUGACCUCACUUCCCGAUCCCCUUCCCCCCCCAAAAGUACAACAUCUGGCCCGCCCCAGCCCGCAGACGGCCCGUCCUCCCCAAACAAUCAGACGAGUUUCCCACCCCCCCAAAAAAAGCCAUCCCCCCGUUCUGCCCCGUCGCACAUUCGGCCCCAGCGACUCGGCCAGAGCGGCGCUGGCAGAGGAGUGUCCGGCAGGAGGGCCAACGCCCGCUGUUCGGUUUGCGAUACGCAGCAGGGAGGCGGGCGGCCCCUGCGCCGGCUUCCAGAUUCCAAUGGGGAUCCCGAUGAGGAAGCCGCUGCUCGUGCUGCUCGUCUUCUUGGCCUUGGCCUCGUGCUGCUAUGCUGCUUACCGCCCCAGUGAGACUCUGUGCGGCGGGGAGCUGGUGGACACCCUCCAGUUUGUCUGCGGGGACCGCGGCUUCUACUUCAGACUUCCAGGCAGGCCGGCAAGCCGCGUGAACCGCCGCAGCCGUGGCAUCGUGGAAGAGUGCUGCUUCCGUAGCUGCGACCUGGCCCUGCUGGAGACCUACUGCGCCACCCCCGCCAAGUCCGAGAGGGACGUGUCGACCCCUCCGACCGUGCUUCCGGACAACUUCCCCAGAUACCCCGUGGGCAAGUUCUUCCGCUAUGACACCUGGAAGCAGUCCGCCCAACGCCUGCGCAGGGGCCUGCCGGCCCUCCUGCGCGCCCGCCGGGGUCGCACGCUCGCCAAGGAGCUGGAGGCGGUCAGAGAGGCCAAGCGUCACCGACCCCUGACCGCCCGUCCCACCCGAGACCCCGCCGCCCACGGGGGCGCCUCUCCCGAGGCGUCCGGCCAUCGGAAGUGAGCCAAAUUGUCGUAAUUCUGCGGUGCCACCAUCCACCUCGUGACCUCCUCUCGACCGGGACCGCUUCCAUCAGGUCCCCCUUCUGAGAUCUCUGUACCCUUCUGUCUGCGGGCAUCUCCGCCCCGGGCCCCGUGCCCCAACCUCCCCAUGUCAGGCUAGUCUCUCCUCGGCCCCUUCCAUCGGGCCGAGGGCAUCCAAACCACAAACCCAAUUGGCUUGGUCUGUAUCUCCCCCCAAAUUAUGCCCCCAAUUAUCCCCAAGUUACAUACCAAAAAUUGAACCCCUCAACCACACCCACAUACAAUCAGCCCCCGUAAAACGAAUUGGCAUCUUUAAAACACCAGAAAAGCGAAUUAGCUUUAAAAAAAAAAAAACCCAAAAUAUCAAUUAGCUGAAAAAAAAAUACUAAAAAUAAAUUGGCUUAAAAACAAUUGGCAAAAUAAAAGAAUUUGGCCCCCCCCUUCCUUCUCUUUCUUUUCGGACCUUGAGUUAAAUUGGCUGUGACCCAUCAUCCAAGAGAAAGGAAGGGACCAAAAUUUGCAGGUAGGCUUGUCGCCGCUCACAGCCAUCUCCCUCCUCCUGCCACACCCUCGCCGGCCACUGGCGGUGUGGCACCAAGGACCCAGUCCCGUCCUCUCUCUAGUCCCAUGACCGAGACCGCGGUGGAGUUGGCUGGGAGACCCCGUGAGAUCAGAGGAGGGGAGCACGGAACCAGAAACCCAAACCUGCACAGGUACAACAUGACUGGCCCCCCGCACAGCCCAAGACCUCUCAUCUCAGUCCCCACUUAAAAAGCACCUGUACCCACACGCAUCCCUGCAGAAACACACACACACACACACACACACACGCACGCACGCACGCACACACGCGCGCACGCACGCGCACACACACACUCAUGCGUAUACACACACACACACGCACGCACGCGCAUCCACACACACACACACUCGUGCAUACACACGUGCGCGCGCACACACACACACACACACACUCUCUCUCUCUGUGGGAUCCCUGAGCCCAGCUAUGUAGAUUAGACCCCGGUCCGUCCCAAAUUCUUCUCAAAGCUGUCCCGAGAUGAGAGAUGAGGUUUUCAUGUCCUGUGCUCUCCUCCCUUCCCCUGGGAUGUGCCCUAGGGUGGGAGAGGGUGUGUCCCAGGGCUCAGCAGGCGGUCCCAUCUUCCCGAGACGGGAGAGAUCCCCUCCUUCUCGGCGCCUGUCCCCACAGCCCCCACAGACACCCCCCCCCCGGCAUGGCACCCAUGCACCUGCCAUCGUGCCCAGUAGGGGAUGGGUUUGGCGAGACUGGAGAUGGCUGUAGCCAGUGAGACAUGCCCUGCCACGUAGCCUGACCCCCUGGGUGUGCUCUGUGAGAUCUGGGGACCCCCAGCACACCUAGGGAUCAUCUUUGCCAGCCUCCUGGGGAGCCUCUCAGAAAUGGGGGCCCCCAGAAGGCUGGCAAAGGUGAUGGGGAGCGUGGGAAGUCUGGCGGUUGGCGGGGUGGGUGGGGGGCAGUGCGGGCUGGGUGGGGGGUGCUCCGGGGUCGGAAGUGGUCCAGCAAGGUUUUGGACACAAAGUCAGGAGGAAGGAGUGACGAGGAGACUUGCAGAAUUACAGGUAGAAUCAGGAACCCACAUCGACGCCAAUUGAUCUAUCCCCCCCUUUGAUUGUUUUCUCCUGGGGCUUUUUUCCUUUUUUUUUUUUUUUUUUUUUUUAAUCCCUCCUUAGCUUUUUACGCGCUCAACACCAAAUUAAACGUACUCCCCACCCCACGUAACAGGGGGGCGGUGACCGAAGGACGAGGAGCACACGAAGCCACCAUCCGUCACCUUGGCGGCACCAGCCGCUGUCCUGCCCUCCGCCAUUUAUCGCCCUUGAUUUGAUUUUUGUUUUGCUCUGUCCCUGUCGCUUGGGUGGAGUGGAGAGGGGAGCCUCUGUGGGGGCGCCAGCCACUGCGCCCCCCAGAGAUGUCAGGGGAAUGGAGACGGCUGCUGCCCAGCCUGGCUCCCGGGGAUGGUGGCUGGUCCUCGGGGGUCCUGAGGGGUGGAGGAGGGGGCCUGGAGGUGUCUCCCCAGGUGUCAGGAAGGUGCUCGGUGGCCACCAGGGUGGGGCCCCCGGCUGGCCCACCGGCCGGGGGGAAGGGGCUGCAGAGGCUUGAGUGAGGGGCUCCGUCGGGCGGGAGCAGGUGGCCGCCUUCCGUGCACUUGGGAGUCCUCUCCGCACCCCUCGCUGACACCGCGCCCGCCUCUCAGCGCCCCGUCUGGCCCCCAGAAAGCUCGGAGCUCUGCGGGGCUUCCUGGGGUCCAGGCGGGGUGAGGUGGGGCAGUAGGAGAGGUCCAGAGGGAUGAGCCCUGCCGAGCAAGAGAGCUGCGAGCGUGUGCGACAGCUGGGGUCACCCGGGCCCCGAGGCCCUCGGGUCUGGCGGUACCGACCCAGCCACCGUCUCGGCGCCUAGGGCUGCGGCAGGGACCCCGGGCGGCUGGGAGGUUUACCUCACCCCCGUCUCUGCCCCCAGCGCAGCCCCCCUGCACAGCAGCCCGACUAGCCAGCUAGAGGCCCGAAGCUUCUGGGCCCCGGUGACGGGGCUGGCACGACCCUGGGGGCGGUCCGUGCCAGCCCACCCGAGGCACAGAGGACCCUUGGCCGGCGCCCGGGGAGUGGGCCAUUCGGACCAUUGGACAGAAGCCUAAAGAACCAAAUUGUCCCCAUUGGAGACCAACAGAUUGGCCUGAGAUCCAAAGCGCAAGGUGCCCCAAAUUUCUGCCCACUCAGCCGGACGCCCACGCACCCCAGGCUAUCUUUGCCGGGCUCCGGGGGCGUCGGCCGAGCCUCCUCUGUGCCCCCAGCGAGCAGCUCUCCAAGGGUCGCGACCAUCAGACCCCGGGCCCCCUCUGACCUCCGUGCCCUGCUGGUGGCCCUCCAACUGUCUCCUCCUGAGGCUCCCUGUCCGUCUUCAGCGGGACCCCCUCUUGGGUCCCCGCAGCAUCGCCGAGGACCCCCACGUGCAGACCACCGAGUGUCACCUUGCCGGCCGCCCAGCCCACCUCGCGGCCGUGUUCGCCUCCACUCGCCCCUAACAUGCUGGUACUUCUGGCAGAAUCCACCGCUGGGGUUCUGUCUUUAACCUUUAAUGCUCGCAGUCCCAAUAAAGCAUUUAAAUUUA